CUGAGUUGAACUUUACCGUUAAGCUCCUUAAACUUCUAGAAGAUAAAAAAAAUGCUGCCUGCAACUUUUAAAUUGUGUGCUGGCAUCUCCUAUCGGCAUAUGAGGAACAUGACAGGUUUGAGGAGGAAUGCCAUGGUUGCCAUUCAUCACGAGCUGAGCAGACUAUCUGGUCCGGGGCCCAGCAACUGGAUCAGCCAAGUCCGCCGACGCAGCUCCCUUCUCAGCUCUCGGAUCGAAGAGGAGGUGCACAGCGAGGAGGAGAUGUCCUAUGUGAAGCAGGGCGAGAGCGCGCUGCAGAAAGCCAUCGGCAUCCUCAGCGAGCAGGAAGGCUGGACCCUCGAAACUGUAGCUCCCAAUGGAGACAAAGUCCUGAGUAAGGUGCUGCCGGAUGUUGGGAAAGUCUUCAAGCUGGAAGUGGUGUUGGAGCAGCCGCCUGACAAUCUGUAUCAAGAGCUCGUGGGAAAUAUGGAGCAAAUGGGGGAGUGGAAUCCAAAUGUGAAAGAAGUUAAAAUUCUUCAAAAGAUAGGCAAAGACACGAUGGUCACCCACGAAGUAUCUGCGGAAACGCCAGGGAAUCUGGUGGGACCGAGGGACUUUGUCAGCGUCCGCUGUGCCAAACGCCGAGGCUCCACCUGCUUCCUGGCUGGGAUGUCGACUCAGCACCCGAAAAUGCCCGAGCAGAAGGGCGUUGUCAGAGCGGAGAAUGGGCCCACCUGUAUAGUAAUGAAGCAUUGUGCUGAUGAUCCAAAUAAGACCAAAUUUACCUGGUUACUAAGUAUAGAUCUAAAGGGCUGGAUCCCCAAGACGAUCAUAAACAAAGUGCUCUCUCAGACGCAGGUGGACUUUGCCAACCACCUCAGGCAGAGGAUGUCUGAUAAUGUUUCUAUGGGGAUGCCUCAUGCCUGCUGACACAAGAUGUCUCCUGA